UUGCCAUGGUGACUAUACACUUAGCUGAUGUGCUGUCUUCCCCUAGUCGAUAUUAAAUCCAUGAUAUUAAACUCUGUUGUUUUAUUUGAGAAGAAACGGCGUUAGAGAGUUAUGGCUGCAAUGGAUAUUGAUGAAAGCUGUUAUAAAGGGGAUAGAAAAAUUGGAAGGAUGGAUGGAAAAGGAGAGUACACCUUUCCCACUGAAACAAAGUAUGUGGGAGAGAUGAAAGACGGGAUGUUCCAUGGCAAAGGAGUGCUACACUUUUCAAAUGGGAGUAAAUAUGAGGCCACCUGGGAAAACGGCAAAGCUAAACAGGGCUCAUUUGCCUUUGCUGAUGGUCUGCAGUAUCAGGAGGCGGACUGGGACUACUGCGAUGGUUACGACAGGCGCUUUUACAGCGAGCAGUGCAACGGACUCAGACCUUCAGGAGAAUCUCAGCUAACCGAUCUGCAUCCACCACGUGUUAUUCCUGAUGGGUGUUACGAUUGUGGAGAUGGUUUCUAUGACCCAAAUACCCGAGUUGUCACUUCCUAUGCAGGAAGAUUCCUCAGGAAUGCAGAUGACUCCGAGCAUGAGUGGAUUGUGCGGACUUGUCGGAAAGCUUGGUAUGAGGUUGCUGGCGUUCAUCCUAAAACUGUUUUUCAACCCGACCUGGAGAAAGCAGCAACAAAUGACUAAAAAAAAAUCCUCUUUUACGCAUUUUGCGUUUAUUUAUUGUUUUGACCAAUUUUUGGUCCUCUAUUUCACAAAUGCUUAUCUUAGUGCAAUGAAUGAACGAAAACGUGAGGCAUAGGCUGAGGUGUGAGGUGUUUGUAAUGAUUUACCACUUCAUAGAUUCCGUUGUUGUAAUUAUUAAAGGAAUUAUCACUGCAUUAAAGUGCACUCAUUUCCAA